CACGUGGUGAGGUCACGCGGGCACACCCGGAAGCGCGCCGCGGGCUGGCUGCACACUAGGUGGUGUGAACCAUCGUUCCGAUCUGCAGGACCCAGGAUGUUGUGCUGUUGUCUGAACUGGUCACAGUGUUUGGCUCCUUGGAAGUUCUGCUGUGCACUUUGCCCAGAUGAAGUGCGUCUUAGUGACCACUGAGGGUGCAGAAGUCCUCUUCUACUGGACGGAUGAGGACUUUGAAAAGAAUCUCCGGCUGAAGUUUGGGUCAGAGAAUGAGGAAGAGGAGCUCCCUGUACUGGAGGACCAGCUCAGCACCCUCCUGGCCCCCAUCAUCAUUUCCUCCAUGACAAUGCUAGAGAAGCUCUCAGACACAUACACCUGCUUCUCAACAGAAAAUGGCAACCACCUGUAUGUCCUGCAUCUGUUUGGAGAAUGUCUGUUCAUCGCCAUCAAUGGAGACCACAGUGAGAGCGAGGGGGACCUCCGGCGGAAGCUGUGUGUGCUCAAGUACUUAUUCGAGGUGCACUUUGGGCUGGUGACUAUGGACAGCCAGCUCAUCCGAAAGGAGCUGAGACCCUCUGACCUGGAGCAGCGUGCUCGGGUAUGGAAGCACUUUCAGAGCCUACUGGGGACCUACAGCCGCCUGCGGGAACAGGAGCAGAGCUUUGCUGUGGAGGCGGUAGAGCGGUUGAUUCACCCCCAGCUCUGUGAGCUAAGCAUCGAGGCACUGGAGCGGCACGUGGUACAGGCUGUCAACUCUAGCCCGGAGCGGGGUGGUGAAGAGGCCCUGCACGCCUUCCUGCUCGUGCACUGCAAACUGCUGGCUUUCUAUUCCAGUGCAGGCAUCCUGCGCCCAGCUGAUCUCCUGGCCCUCAUCCUCCUGGUUCAGGACCUCCAGCCUACCCAAGGCACAGCAGAGGAGGAGGAUGACGACAGCCCUCAGGUCUCUGGACAACACAGCCAGCAGGGGGGUGACCUAGGAAACUGGCCUGGAGGCAAUGGGCAUCUGGAUGUACAGUUUCACGUGCCGUUCCCUCAGAGGAGACCCCGAAGCAGCCAGAACAUCCCUGUACAGCAGGCUGGGAGGCAGUGCACCUCAGGCCCCACCAAGAGUUCUGAGGAAACGGACACAGACAGCAUCUCCCUCCCUGAGGAGUACUUCACCCCUGCUCCUUCCCCAGGCGAGCAGAGCUCAGGUAGCACAGUCUGGCUGGAUGGGGGCACCCCGCCCACUGAUGUUCCCCAGAUGGCUGAGGACACUCUCCAGGCACUGCCACCACAUUCCCCAGCGCCUUCUGGCCCCAGAAGGAUAUUCCUAGAUGCCAACGUAAAGGAAAGCUACUGCCCCUUGGUGCCCCACACCAUGUACUGCCUGCCCCUGUGGCCAGGCAUCAACAUGGUACUCCUGACUAAGAGCCCCAGCACUUCACUGGCCCUGGUCCUGUACCAACUGCUAGAUGGCUUCUCCCAGCUGGAGAGGAAGCUGAAGGAGGGCCGGGAGGUGGGAAGUUCCUUACGAUCCCAGCCUCUCAUGGGAGACCUACGUCAGAAGAUGGACAAAUUUGUCAAGAAUCGGGUUGGACAGGAGAUUCAGAGUACCUGGCUGGAGUUUAAGACCAAGGCCUUUUCUAGAAGUGAACCAGGAUCAUCCUGGGAUCUGCUCCAGGCAUGUGGAAGGCUGAAGCGGCAGCUCUGUGCCAUCUACCGGCUCAGCUUCCUGGCCACUGCACCCAACAGGGGAGGUCCACACCUGCCCCAGCACCUGCAGGACCAAGCCCAGAAGCUCAUGUGGGAGAGACUGCUGGACUGGAAGGACUUCCUGUUGGUGAAGAGCCAAAGGAAUGUCACCAUGGUAUCCUACCUGGAGGACUUUCCAGGCCUGGUGCAUUUCAUCUACGUGGACCGCACAGCUGGCCAGAUGGUGGCUCCUUCUCUUAGCAGCAAUGAAAAGACUUCAUCAGAGCUGGGCAAGGGGCCCCUAGCUACCUUCGUCAAAGCCAAGGUCUGGGAUCUGAUACGACUGGCACGCAGAUACCUGCAGAAGGGAUGCACCACAGUGCUAUUCCAGGAGGGGGAUUUCCGCUGCUCCUACUUCCUGUGGUUCGAGAAUGACAUGGGCUACAAACUGCAGAUGAUUGAUGUGCCUGUCCUCUCAGAUGACUCCAUCCCCAUUGGCGUGCUGGGAGGAGACUACUACAGGAAGCUCCUACGCUACUACAGCAACAGCUGCCCUACAGAAGCCAUCAGGUGCUACGAGCUGCUAACUUUGCACCUGUCUGUCAUCCCCACUGACCUACUGGUACAUCAAGCCAGUCAGCUGGCCCGGCGCCUGGGGGAGGCUUCACAUGUGCCCCUGCCCUAGGUCAGAGUGUACUGUCCUCUGUGCCUGAGCUCCAGCCACCCUGAUUGCAGAUAUUCCCCCACAGCUUGGCCUCAUUGUAUCCUUGGUAUCUACCUGAAGGUGUGCAGACACCCCAGGGCAGCCCUGGGUGUCUCAUACCCCACCUGGACCCCCUUCACACAGACUGAUAAAGAAGCUCCCUUCCUAAAACCUCCCUGGAGGGAGGGGGACACCAUAGCCUCUGUUGGUCUCCAUAAAUAAGAGUGCUGUAAGGUCAGAAAUAGCAGGAGUUCAUUUCACAGCUAGCUGCCUGUCUGGGUCACCAGGAGAAUAGGAAGCAAGUCCCUAGUGCUCAGGCUGUCUGAAGUCACCCUUUCCUGCUGUUCUGGGCGGAGAGUAGUUGCUUCCUACCCCAGAUAAAAGGUGCUCCACUGGGUAGUUGGAAUUCCAGCUGUGCCCCCCCCCCAGCCUCCCCCA